CUGGUAUGUUGAAUCAAAAUAAGAAGUAUUACGGGUAUUAAUUUGAAGUGUUGGUUAAAUAUGUAUCAAAUAAUAACAAUUACGUGUUAAUGACUAAUAAUUAUAUAUAAUUACAUAAAAUAAAUAUUGUUUAUAGGUAAAAUUCGCAAAUUUUGAGCUUCAUUCUAAAUAAAAGAAAAUUUCAACAAGAAAAAAAUGAGUAAUUUUACUGUGAUUACGUCUGAUUUCGUAAAUGUCUCGGUGACAAAUUCUGGAAAUCAAACAAUUUGUGUUGAAAGGAGAUUUCAAAAAGGAAUCACAGUCGAUGGAUUAAAGGGUAAAUUGGAACUAAUAACGGGUGGAAAUUCAAUGACAAUGACUGUCGAAGUUUAUGAUAAAAAUGAUAAACUUAUAUGCAAAUUUAAUGAAGGAAGUCGCCUUUUGGGAUCGUAUCCAAUCGAAGAUGGCAUGAGGAUACACGUAGUAGAUAAUUUCCCUCGUCAAUUAGAAGAUUUAUCAGAAGUGGAGAAAUUCGAUUUGUCUGAGGAAGAAUAUGCAAAAAGAACAGAUACUCUGAAAGCUUUCUUGGAAAAAAAUAAAUUGGGAAAGUAUAAUGAAGAAGAAAUGAAGCGUAGAGAUGAAGAGAAAAAAAGAGAACAGGAUGCAGAAGAAGCUUCGGCGCGAUUAUGUAAAAUCGGAGAUCGUUGUGAAGUUCAGGUGCCAAAUCAGGCAAAAAGAAGAGCGACAGUCAUGUAUGUUGGUGAACCCGAUUUUAAAGAAGGUUGGUGGAUAGGAGUAAAGUACGAUGAGCCUCUUGGUAAAAAUAACGGAAGUGUCAACGGAAAGGUGUAUUUCGAAUGUGGCCCAAAAUAUGGUGGUUUUGUUAAACCUCACCACGUGAAAGUUGGCGAUUUUCCAGAGGAAGAUUACGAUUUGGAUGAGGAACUUUAAUUUAUCAACGUAAAUUAAUAUCAAUUAAUUAAUUAAAGCUUAAUGUAUUUUUUUUAAUAUUCAGUUGGCCGAUUAAUAAAGUUUUGAUUUCUUAA